ACCACAUCCCUAUUCCAUAGUUUGUUUAUAUUUCCAAACGUUUUGACAUAUUUAGGAAUAUCAGAUCAGACAAAUAUUUGAUUUGAAAGCAUAUUUCUAUUAUAAUUACAACGUUUUAUUAUAACAUGCGUCGCAAAAGAAAUAGAAAAGGAUUACCCAUAAAUUUGUUGCGACAAUCUCAACGUGAGCGACGUCAUUUGACGUUCGGAGAUAAAACGCCGCGUAGGAAAACGCGUAUUCCUAAAUUUGAUGCUGAAAGGAGGGAUCAUGAGCUGCUUGUUCGGGCCACUGAACUUAAGCUGCAACAACUUUUAGAAUCUGAUGAGGUACUCUCAGAUAUUCCAUGUGAUAUAACGCCAGAAGAACUUCAGGGUGAGCGGCAGAGUUCUACCGAGUUGACAGUCCUUGGCCGGAAUAAAUCCGGGUCCGUUCCGGUUACGUAGACCCGACUGUCGUGGGAACGGACGUUUGCCCAUUAGCUCAGUUGGUUAGAGCGUCCUGCUAAUAACGUUUACGCCAUCGAAGUCAACGGCAAAAAGAUGAACGAACACAUUAAAGCCGCACAUCUGGCCACUGAUGACAUAUUAGGGCACCUCGACCAAAGAUGAGCGAUCAGUAAACUUCGUCAUGUCUAUCUUCAAACAACGGUACCAGUAAAUAAAUUCGACACUGCGGGCACUCCCACAAAGUCUCAUUUAGAGGAGGGUAGUGUGGGAACACCCAAUGACCACAUCUGGCAACCCGAUUUAAUAUGUCAUUAUUAAUCUAAAAAAUAUUUUCAAUUAUCCCAAGCAAAACCAUUCCAGAAGAUAUCCUCCAGUCAACAACAAGCGUCAUUGUAAUGGUUUCUUAAUAAAUUUACGUUAGUCGCUACAGUAUGAAUAAAUGUAUUUAAGCAAGCAAACAAAA